AUGCAAAUUGACGGACCCAUGCACCGUGGUGACGACCGACCUCCUUCGGUCGGUCCCAAGAGGAUGCGGGAUUGGGAGGACGAGUCGGCUUCCAAGAAGCAGGCAAACGAUGAGAACCGCGCUAGGUUGGAUGAUCUCCGACAUAGGCGGCCGUCAACUCCUCCCCGUGAACCAUACCGACGUAACUCAUCUGAGGCUAGGCGUUUGGAAGAGCAACGCCGUGCCGAGGAGCAGCGUCGUGCGGAUGAAAUGCGCCGUGCUGAAGAACAACGACAUGGCAACGAGGGUUACCACCCGUCCGAGGCGGCUCAUCACAGCCAGAACCACCAGAUGCCUCCUGCCCACCUUCCUCCCAUGCAGCAAGGCCCGGCGUCGAUGCCGCCCCAUGGCCACCACCACCCCUCCUCGUCCGAACCCGAGCGGGCGGCGCGUAAGGUUGACGUCAACGAGAACUACGAUGAUGACGAUGAAGAAGAUAAGAAGGGCGGCAUCGUGGGCUCUAAUGGCACUGCUGCCUCGUCGGGUGAUGCAAAGACGACUACGCCCACGAGCGCCACAGUUAAUGGAGUGAGCGGUGCCACCCCCAAGAUUGAGGCGGCUUGA